GGGCCGAGCUGACGUAACCGAGGAGCCUGUCAACUAAGACGGUGAAGAAAAAAAAAUGCAGUGUUUGCGGCUGCGAGCUCCGUGGAGCUUUAAGAAGUCCUUGUGUGCUUUUUAAAGGUGGGAAAUGGCCUCGCGCUAGAAAUACAGGUUUAUUCGCCAGUAGGCCACAGACGACGCGCGGGUUUGAAGACAGCGAGUGGGCUAAGCGCUCGCUAGCCGUCUCCAUCCAGCUAACACUGGGUUCGUGGACAGAAGAAAGCAGACAACAGGAUCUGGACACGUUUAAACAGACCUAUGAGACUCUUAUCAGGUGAGAGAUGGAUAUGAGAGAGGUGUAUGUGGUGGCCGGCAGCUUCGUGGGGUUCCAGCUGUUCUUCUCAUGCAUCAGUCCAGUUCUGUCUUCCACCUUCACACAGGGUUAUGGGAAACUUCCUCCAAACAAACUCAACGACUGGAACUCCAGGCUGGUGUCCACUGUCCAUGCGUUAAUUGUGGGGCUGUUCUGUCUCUAUAUCCUCUGGUAUGAUGAUGCCGUCAAUGAGGAUCCCAUCUGGGGUGAUCCUUACAUGGUAAAGCUCAAUGUGGCCAUCACCUGUGGAUACCUGUUCUAUGACCUGGUGCUUCUGGCUUGUAACUGGAGUACCAUGGGUGACAUGUUUUUUGUCUGUCACCACUUGGCGGCGCUGUAUGCUUAUGGAUUUGUGCUGACACGUGGAGUGCUUCCUUAUUUUGCAAACUUCCGACUGAUUUCAGAAUUGUCAACACCAUUUGUGAAUCAAAGGUGGUUUUUCGAAGCGCUAGCCUUCCCUCGUACUCACCCGCUGGUCGUCUCCAACGGUGUCGCGAUGACGGUCGUGUUCUUCCUGGUGCGGAUCGCCGUGAUGCCGCCCUACUGGGCGAGAGUGUUUGGCACCUUCGGUACGCCAGCGUUCGAAAGGCUUGGUCUGGCAGCUCAGGUGGCCUGGAUCCUAUCCUGCAUUUGUUUGGAUAUCCUCAACACAAUCUGGAUGUACAAAAUCGCCCGCGGCUGUUUUAAGGUCAUCACCGGCAAGCUAAGAGGAUGCAAAGUGGACUCCAAAAAGGCCAGUUACACCAACAACCACACAGACUGAGAAUCAUCCGCGACUACGACCCAUUAGACGUAUUCUCUUCCCAGAUCUAGCACAUAUAGCGCUCUGGAUGGACGUGCUCUCGAAACAGAGGUUGGGAGGAGAGAGUGUCAUCAUCCCAGUGUGCUUUUAACCUACAUAUACUCUGAUUUCACCUGCACUGGUGGAAGUCAAGCAGAUAAACUAACCUGUUACGCCUCAAGUACAACCAAAGUGCCUCCAAGCACAAGGAGAAGCAAAAGAACAUGAGCUUAUGACCACAAAAAGUCCAUCAGAUCUCCAUCGCAAAGCCUUAGCCAGCCAGUACCCAUCCAUGUCUUUCUCGAGAUCAACCGUGAGCCGUGUUUCCUGUGAUAUUUACACUGAUGUGCCUCAAAGGUCUCCAGCAUCCACUACUUGUUGAGCAUUUGGGUUGGAUGUGCUCAUCAGCUUCAUUCAGUUUGACGCCAUUGCCAGUCUGACCGGUUGCAAACCUCAGAUCUACCUCUCUCUCUCUCUCCAUGUCGAGCACAAGUGCAGAACCGGCUCAUCUCAAGACGAACACCGCGUGGACUCCAGGAACAUGAAGAGCACCUUGAAAAGACAGUCCAUGAGAAUCAAACGCUUUGCUCUUAUAGUUCAGACUUGCAGAACUCAUCUUAUGUUGCACGUCAGUCACUCUUUUGCAUUUUCCAUGUGGAAACGGAGUGAAAGGUGGUUUCUAAAGCCUUGGAGAGUCUCACUUAGCAAAUAUCUGUGUGUUUACUUCAUUUCUGAUCAUGUGAGGUCACGUUUGCAUUAGAUUCGAGGAAACUGCAGUGCUUUAUCCGUUUCUCAGGUUCUUGCCUUUUCUAGAUCCCUCCAUUUUCUCUGACAUGUUGCAUCACUUAACAAUUUCCUCACCGAGCAGAUUGUUUCACUGUUCAAAACUCAAGGCUUGAUGGGAACUGAUGCAAUUUCACAUCUUAGUCCCGUUUUUUCCUGGUUCUGUUGUUUUCGUCCUGCUAAAUUCAUUGUUUUUUUUUUUGUUUUCAGCUUGUUGGUCACCAGAGCUUCCAGCCUGAUGUUUAGGCUUUUGUCAUGAUGCAUGAAUGCUGUUGUGAUUAUCUUGAAUGUGAGUUCAUGUGAGCUGGGCAUGUCGACCCAUGCUGCGUUACACUGUGGCAUUACAAUGCAGUAUAUAUGUGCGUAAAAUCAUAUGCAGUUCUUAUUCCUGCCAAGUAUUUAACAAGAGUAAAUCCCUCUGUAUUCAGAGCUAGCAUUUCUCUUCAGGUACACUUUCAAACUGAAUGUUGUUUUGAAUGAGAAUGGGAGGGGAUUGUGGGAAAUGUAGUAUUUUGCCUUGUAUCCGUAAUUCGAAAUAACCAAAUCAUCCUCCAGGCCUUGAAUAUGUGAAGCUGUGACAAUAGAAAUAUAUUUGGGAGAAGUUUUGUAGAAGAAAGAGGCCAUUUGGUCAUCUAAUUAUAUGUACUUCUGAAAUGAGCUGUAAUCUUCAUGUUUAUGGAAAUGCAAAGGAGUUUCGUCUUUAUGGUAUGACAUCAGCACAACCAUUGCACAAUCAAAAUGCCUUAGUGGCAUUGAUAUUGUAAUAAUUGUAAUUUUAAAAGGGCUGGUCAAAAAUUAAGAGGAAGUUCAUCUACUGCACAAACUGAUUGGCAAUACUCAAAAUAAUACAUUUAGUAAUAAUAGAUUUACAUUAAUAAUACAUAGGAUUUUCCUGGUAUUCAGUGGAAUCAUUAACUGUUUCCAGUUUGGUGUCCAGCCCAAUGCCAGUAUUGAAACUCUAUGUAUGUGUAUUCAUUUCAGUCUAGAAUUAGAAGUCGCUUUUAAGAAUUGAUUAUAAGAAUACUAAAAUUAGCACAGAACUGUUGGAUGAUUGUUCAGUUUUAGCUUUUCUUAUUUUUUCUUUCUUUUAACACAUUACUGUUGUGAAUCCAAUCAUCUCUGGAAAUUUUAAUGUGAAAAUCGGCCCCUUAGAGCCCCUGUCUAUACACUUUGAAACCGAUGGAUGACAUGUAUGACCACUAAUAAUAUUGUACGAGUAGCAGUCAAAACAUGAGAAAUGACAGAUUAAUAAAUUUGAGAUGAUGAAAAA